UGUGACGCACUUGUUAUAUUCUCUACUCUCUACCUCUACCCCAUCCUUUCAGAAACUCCAUCUGACAUCUCCCUUUCCCACCCAGAUAUUCUCUCCCUAUCACUCUUUCUCUCUCCUCCAUUUCUUGAUUUUUUAUUAUGAAAUUCUGGAAAAUCCUAAGCUCUUUAAUCCUGCAAACUCUACCCGAUUGGCGCGACAAAUUCCUUUCCUACAAAGAUCUCAAGAAACAAUUGAAGCUUAUCUACCCGAUCAAUGGCGAUCACGAUGCUUCCAAGCCUAACAAACGCCCUAAACUCUCCGCCGAAGACAGAGAAAGCGACGCCAUUUCUAACGAGGUUAAUAACUUCGUCUGCCUUUUAGAAGCCGAAAUUGACAAGUUUAACUCCUUCGUCGUUGAGAAGGAAGAGGAGUAUGUUAUUCGUUGGAAGGAGCUGCAAGACAGGUUAGCAGAGGCCAGAUACUCGAAUGAAGAGUUGAUGAGAGUUGGUAGGGAGAUCGUGGAUUUUCAUGGAGAAAUGGUUCUGUUGGAAAAUUACAGUGCACUUAAUUAUACAGGUCUGGUGAAGAUACUUAAAAAAUAUGACAAGCGAAGUGGCAGUCUAAUACGCUUGCCGUUCAUCCAAAAGGUUUUGCAAGAGCCAUUUUACACAAACGACACCAUAUCCAAGCUUGUAAAAGAAUGUGAGGCCACACUUGAUCGCCUUUUCUCACAAAACGAAGCUCAAGAUUCAUCCCAAGUGGUCAAAACAGAUGAACCUUCUGAGUCAAAUACUGGCAACUUGAAGAAAGAACGGUUGCUUACUGCUGAUAAAGAUCUGUCAGAAAUUGAGCAUAUGGAGAGCAUGUACAUGAAGCUUACUCUCUCGGCUUUACGAGUUUUGAAAGAAAUCCGGGGUGGAAGCUCUACAGUGAAUGCAUUUUCGUUGCCCCCGUUGGAUAGUAGCGCCGUGGAGGAAGAACCUUGGAAGAAAAUCCCUUUUGUAGAGCAAGCUGCCAAGUAGAGUGACCCAGAAACCCUUUAUAGCUGCGCGCCAUGCUGUUUGAUUUUCUGGUGUUUUUGUAGUUCUGAUUUAGUUCAAAACUGUGAGAUCACUUGUAUGCAUCAUUCUUUGGUUAGAAUGAAGGAUGAUCUUUCAGCUUUUAUAGAUCAUUUUACUAUUUGUUGAUCAGGAAUUCAGGACUCAUACUUCAUUAGUGCUACAACGUUAAUGUUAUUGUCGGCGAUGUACAAAACAGAUCCAAACUUAAACACAAACUUUUCAGAAAGGCCGAUCUACGACAAUAUAUACUAUGGCGGCCUAAAACAGGAAGGUUAUCUGCA